CUGACGCACAUGGGCGGAUGUGACCGUGCCGUCCUCCUCCUCCUCCAUCCAUCCAUCCAUCCGUGAGCUGCCGGAGUCAGGGCCCGUUAUACACGAGGAGCUCCCAUCAGCUUAUCCGCUGUUAAUUAUAGCAAGCGACCUGGUUUCAGCACCGCGGGGACUCAACAGCUCCCGCGGAACCAAAGCCUUUCUGCGCUUACAGAGGAGAGCCGCUGAGAGCGCGCGGCGUCCUGCCAACACCAGCGCGCUCCACAAAACCGAACCACAGAGGCGACGCUGAGAGAGCGAGGGGGGAAAAACGUCCGAACAGAAGCUGAAGGAUGGCGUCAAAACGCGUGGGGAUUGCGGUUGUCCUUGCUGUGAUAUCGCAGAUCAGCGCGUUCCCCACACCUGCCGGACCCGACGAUAAGGACAUGUAUAACCGAGAGCUGACUGAGGAGAAGCCCUUAGAACAGCAGAUUGCAGAAGCCGACAGCAUCAGGAAGACAGAACCCAAGCCAACGCCACCAUCUGAGGCAGAGUCAAACUCUGAGGACGAUGACAUCACUUUCCUUAAGUCUCUGGCUGAGAAGUCCAAAGAGUCAAACAAUGAGACACCCAUCUCAGAUUCUGUGGGCGAACGGUACGGUACAGAUGAGGCAGACACUACCAAAAACAGAAGACUGGCUGAUGACUAUGACUCUACUAAGAAUGGAAUGGACUACAAAUAUCAAGAUGAUCCUGAAAGUUUUCGGCAGCUGGACGGGACCCCGCUAACGGCUCAUGAUAUCGUCCAGAAAAUCGCCAACAAAAUCUACGAAGAGGACGACAGAGGAGUGUUUGACAGAAUUGUGUCUAAGCUGCUCAAGCUGGGUCUAAUCACAGACAGUCAGGCAGAGACACUGGAGUAUGAAGUUGCUGAAGCCUUGCAGGACCUGAUCACCAAAAAUGCCAAAGAUAACAUGAUCGGAGACAUCAGCAUGGACUACCCUGUUAAUGCUGAGAAGGACGCACAGAACAAUAUGGAAGAGGAAGACAGGCCCAGUAGACAGUAUGACGAAGAGGAUGAAGGUGAGGACGAUAAUGGUGGUGAUGAUGAUAAUGGUGCUGAAGAACAGGAGGAGAUUAAAGACGACACAGUGAGGGCAGAAGACUCAUGGGAUGCCGUGAGCGAUGGGAAUGACAGAAAUGAACUGAAUCCUGAGGAUGGACUGCAGGAUCUGCAGUUCUUCCCCAACUUCUACAGACUCCUCAAGAGCCUUGACUCAGAGCAAGAUAAAGAGGAGCGAGAAACCCUGAUCACCAUCAUGAAGACCUUAAUCGACUUUGUGAAGAUGAUGGUCAAAUAUGGAACCAUUACACCUGAAGAAGGAGUGUCUUAUCUGGAAAAUUUGGACGCAAUGAUUGCCCUGCAGACGAGGAACAAGCUGGGCAAAUCUCUGGUUCCUCUCAGCAUUACGCCCCCUACAGGAAAAGCAUCGGAUGACGAUGACAACACCAAAACAGAAGCUGCCAAAAUGCAGAAGGAGUAUGAGUCCCUCAAAGAUUCGACCAAAGACGCCCAGACGGCUGCUGAAAUCAGUCAUCCAGGGAAGUCUGAGAGUUAUCUGGAAGCAAUCAGAAAGAACAUUGAAUGGCUAAAAAAACACAACAAGGAAAGCAACAAAGAAGAUUAUGACCUCUCCAAACUGAGGGACUUCAUGGACCAGCAGGUGGACGCAUACAUCGACAAAGGCAUCCUCGAGAAGGACGAAGGCGACGUCAUCAAGAGAAUCUACGGAAGCCUGUAGGAACCACAAGUCCAGCUUCACACGUAAUAGCGAAACAGUUAGACUAUCUACUAAAUACUUGGACCGGGCGUACUAACACAGAUCCUAAUGCUUUAACUCCUAAUAAACGAGAUCUAGUCUGCAACUCGGACAGUAUUUCUGCAGAAGAAUUCCCUUCAGAAGGCAAUAUCCUCUCAGCGCAGUCAGCAAUAGAACACAGCCUAUAGUUCUAGACAAGCCACAAAUCACAUUUGAGUUGUAAGUGUUCUUACGCAUUAGGACAGAAUAACAGCACUGGCUACUAGAAGAAUGAAAUUGGGUGGAUUUUUUUGGGGGGUAUGAAAAUAGAAGCUUUUGCACCUGUCCCUCUUUUGCAAUAGACUUUUACGGCAUCACAUGCAUAUACCGUAUCUGUACGUAACAUUCUUUCAUGUAUGGUGUUUAGCAUUUCCUCCUCUCAUUUGAUGAAGACUAUUGUUUCUCGACCACCAAAAAGAAAAAAAAAACAAUAAUCAGCUUGACCGUGAGUGAACCUCUUUUCUCCUCUGUUGUUGUUUUGUCUCCCAGCCAGUAGGGGGCAGUCUUUACAUCUUUUUAUCUCCCUUCUCUAUCUUAAGUUUGGAUUACUUGGUUUUCUUUCUCCGCUAUUUGACUCUGUAUAUUCCACAUGCUAGAGAUUCACAAAAUCAAGUAUUUUUAAAUGUAAAUAUCGUGAUUUUUUCCAAAAAUCUAUUAAACAUUGCCUUUCUUUAA